AUGGUCGGCUACGUCAUUUUUGGCCUGACACUGGUUGUGAUUUCUGUCAUGAUCAUAAUUAUGGUCUUGCGUCCUACUCAAGCUGUUAGAGCAGCAAACUAUCCGGAUCUUCCUUCUUUUAUCGACAAAUACUUCGUUGCGGGUUUUACUCCGGCGAAUAUGCAGAGCCAUAUUCCCGACCAGUGCAGGUUUCAAAACGAUGGGACUGCUUUCAAGGUCAAAUUUGAGGGAGAUCGUUGUGGUCAAGUGAAUAUCUUUGAAGAUUCUUCAGCUCAAACCGUCAUGUCCUUCCAUAUCUACUACUACACCCUCUUCGACGAGUCAAAAAUCGAGGCCAAUGGAGACAUUGUUCUAGUCAGGAGUUCAGUAAUCCUCUCAACCACAUCUAUGACCGUUCAUUAA